UAGUAUUUCUUUUCUGAGAUUAUUUAUAUUACAUUCUGUAUUCCUUCAUCUGUCUUAGGUUCGUUUAGAACGACUUAUCGUAAUAUUUCUACGCAGUUUUUCGUUAUAUUUGACAUUUAUUAAUUCAUCUUUCCUAUCGUAUAAAAAUCGAAAAUCUUAAAUCUUACGAUGACUAACAUUAUUAAAAGUGACGAUGAAGUUCUCAUAUUGUUAGGCGAAGAGGUUACUUCCGAUAGAUUAUCUGAUUUUAUUGCAAAGAUUAAAAUUCUUGUUGGAAAGACUGAUCAAAUGUCAGUUAUCAAUUUAAAUGAAUUAAAAAAGUGCAACUAUAAUGGAUCUUCCAUUGACGUGAUUUUAUUCGUUAUUAAACAAUCAUCUUUAAAUGAUAAUGAAGUACUCAUAGAAUUGUUAAAAUUAUUGAAACAAAAUGGUAAACUAAUAAUCUACGAGUCACUUUCAUUAGAAAAGAAAUUAGAGAACAAGCUAACUUUCAAGGAAAGAUUAUCUAGAUUGAAGUUAGCUGGUUUUCUUAUAAAUGAUAUAAAUCCUAGAAAAGUAGACAAAGAAAUUGCAGAACUUUUAUCUAAUAUAUUUGAAAAUGUUCCUAACACAUGUGAGAUAAUAGCACAGAAACCAUCUUUUGAGAUUGGUUCUAGUGUGGCUUUAAAUUUGAAACAAAAAGAAAGUAAUAUAUGGAAAUUAGAUAAUGUCGUUGAAGAUGACUUGAUAGAUGAGGAUGAACUUUUAGAUGAAGAUGAUAUUGUCAAACCUGAUAUCAGCAGUUUAAAAGUAUGUGGUACAACGGGUAAACGAAAAGCAUGUAAGGAUUGUACAUGUGGAUUGGCGGAAGAGUUAAAUGGUAAAGCAGAAGAGAAAGGAAUUCAAAAAUCAUCGUGUGGAAAUUGUUAUUUAGGUGAUGCUUUUCGUUGCGCAAGCUGUCCUUAUCUUGGCAUGCCAGCAUUUAAACCUGGAGAGAAAAUUGUUUUACCUGAAAGUCAGCUAAUUACUGAUACAUAAUUUAUUUUAUGAUCUUUUUUAAUUAUUAUAAAAAUAAUAAAUUUGUUUUGAGUAUUAAAUAUUUCCGGUCAUUAGAUUUAGUAUACUUGAUUGGUGGUUAUAGUAUUAACUUAAACAUUAGUUUCUCUUUCUAAUUUAUAUUUAAAUAAGAAAAUCUAUAAGAAUGAAUGAACAAUUAUUUUCUGUGGAAAAGGAGUAAUAUAAAUAAAAAAUAAUCAACGACCCUUAAGAUAUAGCAUGUUUUAUUCCACUUCUUCUGUAUACAAUAGUAAUUUGCAUAAUAACCAUUAUGUAAGCACGUUCAAUAUGCAAAAUGUUUAAUGUAUAAGGCAUACCAUUGUCCAUGUAGAGAAACAGCCAUUUUUAUCACUGAAUAUAUUUUCAUUUUGUAUGCUAACUUAUGUUGAUUUUAACUUAAGUAUCACUUAAAUAUUUUUAAUAUUUUGUGACCCAGUAUAAGUUUGUUUUAUACAGAUGUAGAAAAAAAAAGAAGUUCACUCCAUUUUUCAGUAAUAGUAAUUAGAUAUCCUACUUAUAGACAAUAUUUAAUAUAAUACAUAAACAUGUUGCAUAUAGUGUACAAAUAUGGUUUUUUUUUUUUUUUUUUUUUUUUUUAACUUAAG